AUGUCAGAUAUAGCGGAUUGGUUUAAAAGCUUGCCUUUUUUUACAAGGCAUUGGCUGGGAUUCACUGCGUUGUUUUCACUACUGGGAAGAUUCAAAAUAAUAGAUCCUCUUUAUUUAAUUAUAACAUACGAUUCCGUCGUUAAUAAAUUUCAAAUAUGGAGGUUAUUUACAUCAGUUUUUUUUUACCCAGUCGAUGCCAUGACUGGCCUACAUUUUUUAUUCAAUUGUUAUUUUCUCUAUAAUUAUUCACUCAGAUUAGAAAUGUCCGUUUAUUCUGGCAGGCCAGCCGAUUAUGCUUUUCUUUUAUUAUUUUCAUGGAUAUGCACUGUGAUAUGUGCCCUCAUAUUUAAGUUUUACUUUUUAAUGGAUUCAUUAGUUAUGACCGUUUUGUACAUAUGGUGUCAGUUAAACAAAGAAGUUAUCGUUAAUUUUUGGUUUGGCACAAGUUUCAAAGCAAUGUAUUUACCAUGGGUUUUAUUCGCAUUUAAUUUCAUUAUUAACGGAAGAGGAAUGCUUGACAUAAUAGGAAUAAUUAUCGGUCACCUUUUCUUUUUCCUCACUUAUCAAUAUCCACUGGAGUUCAAUGGAGCCACACUGUUGAGAACUCCACAAUUUUUGUACAAAUUUUUUCCAAACGAAAGAGAAACUUCGAGGUUUGGUCAAACACCGAUAAGAAGGCCAACAAAUCAAGAUCAACAACCAAGAGGAUCUGGUCACAACUGGGGUCAAGGUCAAGUUUUGGGGAGUCAUAAAACCAAAAAAAAAAAUAUUUUAACAUGUUUUGUGAAAAUCUAA